CUGCUGAAUCAGCACUGACAUGCGGUGUCCUCACUACAGUGGUGCAGUAUAAAAAGAGCAGGGUGAAAUGCUCAGGUACCUCUGUCCUGCCUGACUCGACCCAAGAGGACCAUGAAGAGAGUUGCUUCAUACGUUUUCUUUAUUGUCCUUUGCGGUUUUGCGUUGUCCCAGCCGAAGAAAGACAGAAAAUGUUUGAGAGAGAAGGUCAUCACGUUCCCAGAGCUGACCAUCAGCAACUGGGUGAAGCUGCACCCGAAUGAAUCCAUGGAUCUGUCUGCAGCCACCGUGUGUUUGCGAUUCUACACUGAACAAGCGAGUCCCAGCCCAUGUCUUUUUUCUCUGGCUACACCGUCCCACCCUCAAGACUUUUCUUUACGUUGGUCAGGUGACAGCAAGCAGUACCAGAUGUUUAUUCAUAACACCCAGGUUGAAUUCAAAGGGUUGACGUUUAACAUGAAUCAGUGGAACUCAGUCUGUGCGACCUGGGAUGCCAACAGUGGUCUUGCACAGAUGUUUGUGAAUGAAGUAGCCAGCAUUAAGAAGGUGGUGGGCACUAAAGUACCUUUUAAAGGAAACCCUGUCAUCACACUUGGCCAGUAUCAGACCCAAUAUGAUGGAGGGUUCCUCCAACCCUCUAUCUUCACAGGUUUCAUAGCAGAUGUGCAUGUGCAUGGACAAGUCCUGAUCACCCGUCAGAUUAAGACCUACAUGGAGGCAAAGACCAAAUACAAACUCGGUGAUUACAUUAACUGGCACAAUCUGAUGUACACCAUUGCUGGGUCUGCACAAGUGGAAGAAAAGCAUCAAGUAACAUUCUAUACCACACCGUAAACCCCGAUGUUAAGAUAACUCAAACAAUUUGAGGAAACGUAUUGUCUUAAAAGUUUUGAGUUGAAUUAACUUUUUUGCAGUUUUGAGUACAGUUUACUUACUUUUAAUAAGUAGGUUAUACUGUUCGGGAAUACAGUGCAAAGUAGAGCAGCAAUAGUGCUCUGUUGUACUGAACUCUUGAUGUAAUGUCACGAGAAAUUAAUAAACAUCUUGACAGUGAA